ACAUGCGUUUAACUAAUUUCCGUUUGUUUACUUCCGGGUGUCGGAAAUAAAGUUAAAAUAUAAAGUGAUUUCAUAUAUUUUUGUGUACAUUAACCAGCAACGGAGACAAUUAUUUAUUGAAAACCCGUUUAUGUUAUGCUAUAAGCUAGGUUUUAGAUUUAAAAAUGUCCCACGUGAAACCGUAUUAAAUAAGGCGAUAAGAAAAUGGUGCCACCCACAAAAAAUCUCUAAAGUUCUGGCACUGAGAAAGUUAUAUGAUUUUUAACUCAUUUGCGCUUAAUAGAGAGAGAAAAAUGUAUAUAAAUUCCAUAGUUUGAAAUAGUUGUAAUUGUUCAUUCGGCAAAAAUGAUGGGAUAUUCAAUUUGAAAAUGAGAACAGGUGGCAGUAGUUUUGUGAAAAUGGAGACUUGAUUUUUGUGUUUUAAUAUAUUAUGGCAAAAGCUAUUUCUCCCAGCCCAUCAUCCAAAAUGGAUGUUGCAAAUUCGUAUAAAGUAGGAGUUUAUGUUGAAGGAAGUGGGUCAGGUGGUGAAAGUGAUUUAGAUGAACAGGACUUAUAUAUACCACAAUCUGAAUCACAACAUUCAGUGAAAUCGAAAUCAAGCUCACCGAAAAAAUCACACUCACCAAAUCAUGCACAGAAAAAAUCACCAAAGCACGACAGUGAAAUGAAUGAUACAACAGAUGGACUUUUGCUCAAUGGUUUUGCAACCACAGCAGAUAGAUAUGGUUUUGUUGGUGGAAAAGAAUUCACAGAUCCAGAGCAGGAAAGACGUCUUCCUAUAGAGAUAUUAAGGAAGCGGGAGUUAAAAUGGUUAGAUAUGUUUCAAAACUGGGAGAAAUGGAUGAGUAAAAGAUUUAAAAAGGUGAAGGAGAGAUGUAGAAAAGGCAUUCCACCGUCAGUACGAAGUCGAGCAUGGCAAUUUUUAUGUGGGAGCAAACAUUUGAUGGACCAUAACCAAGGAAAAUUUGAUGAAUAUUUAGAGCAUCCAGGGGACCCAAGAUGUAUAGAAGAUAUAAAGAAAGAUUUACAUCGACAAUUUCCUUUACAUGAAAUGUUCAUGUCAAGAGAAGGCUAUGGACAAGAAGAUUUAUUUCGUUUAUUGAAAGCAUACACAGUACACAACCCAACAGAUGGGUACUGCCAAGCUCAAGCCCCAAUUGCAGCGGUACUGUUAAUGCACAUGCCGGCAGAGGAGGCUUUCUGGUGCUUUGUUUCUAUAUGUGAAAAAUACCUCCCUGGAUAUUACAGUCCUGGACUGGAAGCAGUGCAAGUAGAUGGGGAUGUGUUAUAUGGUUUACUUAAAAGGGCAAACCCUCCUAUUUAUAAGCAUUUGAAAAAACAUAGAGUUGAACCAAUAUUGUAUAUGACAGAAUGGUUUAUGUGUGUAUAUAGUAGAAAUUUACCAUGGGCCAGUGUACUCCGUGUCUGGGAUAUGUUUUUAUGUGAAGGUAUAAAAGUUGUAUUCCGUGUUGGAUUGGUGCUGAUCAGAAUGUGCCUGGGAACACAGGAGAAAUUAUCAUCGUGUUCAGAUAUGUACGCUACAUUAGAGAAAAUACGACAUAUACCAGCUGACAUAGAUGAAAGUUAUAUAGUCAGAGAGUCAUUGAGAUUAAAUAUAACUGAGCGAGAGAUGGAAAAAGAGCACCAGAAACAAAUGCAGCGUCGGAAAGCAGCAAAAGAAAAAGCAAAUAAACCAGACUCUGGAAAAUCAAAAAAGAAAUAACACACAGCGGAACAUGUUCGAAAGAUAUUCAGGUUGAAAUUUCCACAUAUUGUGAAACAUGUGAUGCGUUAACAUUUUAUUCCUGUGAAAGUGAUUUUUUUUUCUGGAGUGGAAAAUUAUUUGAAGGAAGUAAUGAAUAUUUAUAUAACCAAGUUCAAGGAUUUUUUAUAUGUUUUUAAAUUUGAUUAUAUCUGAGACAGUGAAACAUUUAGUUUAUGUGGAACACGUGCACAAAGUGCUUUAAGCUAACACAUACCCCUAUAACCUCAGUAUUGAUCAAUAAUUUGUCCCAGUGACCACUGUAUGGACCAGUUUUUUGUCCCUUUUGAAACUCUGUUUUAAUGACUUUGUGUCCCUAUUGAACUCUCUUUUUUCUGUUGACUACACCCGUCUAUUUUAUACCAGCAAAUGCAAUUUUAUAAAAUGUCCAUUUCUUUAACUUCUAACUCAAACAGUCAAUGUGUUUGAUUUGACCCAAUUAUUCCUGUCUGACUUCUGUAUCAGUUUAUGUUCCUUUGGCUCUAUUCUUGUAUUUAAUUAAUCUCCUUUAAACUCUUUUGAAAGUUUUUGACCUUUUCUUUUAUCAAAAAAGAACCCUCUUGAUCCAUAUUUUAUACACAUUCAGAUGAGACAAUGAACUGCAUUUGGAGAGAACAUAACCUGUUCAAUUUACACAAGAAAUUUUAAGUGAAAAAUUUAUGGGGGGAAUUUUUUUUUCACCGAUUAAUUUUUACAAACUGUUGAUGCAAUUUUUUUGAUGUAUGGUAAAUGGAAUAAAUAAAGCAAUAUAGUAAUAUAAUUAUAAAAUAUAUUGCAAUGUUUGGAAUGACAUAGGCUUAUGCGUAAUAGCUUAAUACACAGCUUUAAGUCGUCACUUAUAUUAUCAAAAACACAAUAUAUUCCAUACACUAUAGUCUGUUCCAAAUAAGUAUUUCAUCUGUAAAUUUUGCAAAGUAUAGUCUCUUUUAGAUAAUAAAGGGUGUUUUUCUUAAAAAAUCUGAUCAUGUUCUCUCUCUCAGCUGAUGUCAGAUUUUUUUCUGCAAAAUAAUUAUUAACAAAAUAAUUUCAAUCUUGUUUAUUAUUUAUUUACAGUUAUAUUUUAAUUCUGAAUCUCCUUAUAUUUCUUAAGUCAACACAUUUCUAAUUCAGUUUUAUUGUUUACAAUUAUAUAUAAUUAUAUUUAGUAAGCCAAAAUGUAAUCUUUUAUUUGUAAAUCUGAUUUAAAGGACAAAGACAGUUGACUGUGAUACAGUUAUGAAAUGGAAUAAGAAUACCAUUUGAAAAAAAAAGAAAAAGGGUGAAAUAGAUCGGCAUUAAAUAAUGAACAUCAGAAUAAGAAUAUUAUGAAUGAUUUAGUGGACAGAAUAAGAAAAGAGCUUCCAGAAUCAUAGCAAAUUUCAGAUUUUGGAAGUUACACUAUAAUCUAAUAGACUAAGAGUCAUGAUGAUAUAGAAUAAGAAUAAUGGGCGAAUAGAAUAUGGAAUGAAAUUAACUAAGAAUAAGAAUAAUGUUUGGGAAAAAAAUGGGAAUAAUAGUGACAUACUAGAAUAUAAAGAUGGAAGAAUAAGGGUUAUGACAGGAAAGAGUUAUGUAGUCUUAAGGGAAGUAUAAAAAAAUUGUUACAUGUAAUGAUUGAAUAUGAAAUAUUUUAUAAUUUAGUAGAAUAAGAAUAAAAGCUACAUAGGCAUAUGAAUAAUGAUAUUUGUAAGCUGUGAUAUCAAUGUAUUAAUUUACUAAUAGGUUGUCAGGUUUAGUGUCAUAAUAUAUAUCCAUGUAAACUGAACAUUGUAACCUAAAAAUAUUAUUCCAUUUCUGUAGUUAGUUGUACAAAAUUGAAAUUAAAUAACCAGUCUAAAAUUCUAGCUUCUGAUUGGUUGGUUCUGAGAACAGGAUUGACCAAUAACAGUGUCCAGGACUGGUUAUCAAGUUAAGAUUUUUGACUUUUGAAAUUGUAUUGAAUGUAUGAUUAACGUUUUUGUGAAAGAAAGGUAUGCCCCAAUUUUAUUUUAUUUUUUU